UCCCACUCGCAAUUCGCGCCUCCAACUUUCUUUUUUACUCUCUCCCCCUCUCUUUCCCAAAAUUGCAAAAAACGCCAAAAUGGAGAAAAAGCAAGGUUUUUUCUCAGCAGUAGCUCGCGGUCUCUCGCCGGCGAGGUCUCGUUCACGUUCACGGUCGGAGAGCCCAGUUCGAAGUUCGUCGGCAUUGACGGGCUUCUUCCAGCGCCGCUGGAAGGGGGCCCACAAGCAAAUUAGCGGGCUAUUGGACCCUCCGGUGCCAAGAUUUGGUAACUUGGCGCCAUUGAUGGAGGGUCCGGAUCCGGGUGAGGUCGGUGAUGGCGGGAAUCCGAGAAGGGAACUGGAGUUGCGUUCUUGGCUGGAUCGGGUCACCGCCGCUUCGGAACCGAGGCUGUUGCUUGGUGUCAUGGGGGCCCCACUGGCGCCGGUGCACGUUAGCUACGGAGAGCCGCUUCCCUAUCUUAGUAUUAAGGAUACUCCCAUUGAGACCUCCUCUGCCCAGUACAUACUCCAGCAGUACAUUGCAGCGUCAGGAGGACUAAAGUUCCAGAGCUCAAUCCGAAACUCAUAUGCAAUGGGAAAGGUCAAAAUGAUCGCCUCAGAUUUCGAGACAGCAACUAAAGUCAUGAAGAAUGCUUCAAAGACUACGGAAUCUGGAAGGUUUGUGCUUUGGAAAAUGGCUCCUGAGAUGUGGUAUGUUGAGCUUGCUGUUGGUGGAAGCAAGUUCCACGCUGGAUGCAAUGGCAAGCUUGUGUGGAGGCAUACUCCGUGGCAUGGUGCUCAUGCUGCUAAAGGUCCUGUUAGACCACUUCGAAGAGCACUUCAGGGUCUGGAUCCAUUCACCACGGCAAGCAUGUUUGCUAAUGCACAGUGCAUUGGAGAGAAGAAGGUUAAUGGGGAGGAUUGCUUUAUCCUCAAGCUUUCUGCAGACCCUCAUACUCUAAAGGCUAGAAGUGAAGGCGGUGCUGAGAUCAUAAGGCACUUCAUGUUUGGGUAUUUCAGCCAGAGAACUGGGCUUCUCAUCCAUCUUGAGGACUCGCAGUUGACUCGAACACAAUCAAUUACCGGUGGUGAUGCUUUAUAUUGGGAGACCACCAUCAACUCCUUCCUUGAUGAUUAUCGUCCGGUUGAGGGUGUAAUGAUUGCGCAUUCUGGUCGCUCUGUUGUGACCCUUUUCAGAUUUGGUGAGGUUCCUAUGAGUCACACAAGGAAUAGAAUGGAGGAGGUUUGGACUAUAGAGGAGGUGGCAUUCAAUGUUCCUGGUCUUUCAUUGGAUUGCUUCAUUCCUCCGGCUGAUAUAAAAAGUGGCUCAGUAAGUGAAAUCUGUCAGCUUCCUCAAGCUGAAAAGGGGAAAUCCACAAUGUUAGGUAGUCAUCGGGCUAAGGUUGCAGCUAUAGAGAAGACUGACGGCCGGAUCACUGAUAAUGUCUUGUGGAGGUUGGAGGUUUGAAGCUAGGGUUAUAUAGGAGUACUAGAAGAAGGGAAUUCAGUUGUUUAUAGUCGUAGUUCUUUUUUCUGAGCUGACUAACUCAAUUAACAGUAACUGAACUGAAGGAAUUCGGAGAAUUUGUUUAGGUCGUUGAUUGGGUUCAUUACUUCACAAUGCCUCAUGGAGUGGGAGUUUCUUCGUUUUUUUACAGGGUGCUGCCUUCCAUGCUCAAGGGAUCGUUGCACCAACUAUGCUUCGAUUUCCUAAUGCUAAUUCUCAAGGGGUGGCAAUGAAAGGGUUUGCUGCCAGUUUGUGUAACUACUCAUUUGGUUUUUUAAUUUUCUGAAUUCUAGUUGUUGGUAUGAUUGUGUGUUCUUUUGUUGAUUGGAGUUAGAAGAUAUUGUUAAUGAAUGUUGGUAGGCAACAAAUAUGAUCAGCUUUGGAUUAAUGUAAGAAGUAGAGAGUUGUAACUGAUAUAUGGCUUUAUAAGCGUCUUGAUGUUCUUUCUUCAGAUAUAUUCCCUGUUUUGUACAAAUGUAUUUACUUUGUUAUGUGUCUUGA